AUGGCCGACACUCCAGGAGAUGACCGCACCCUCCGCGGGGACCUGACGCCUUUGCCGGACUCGCACCAUGUCGACAUAGCAGGCGCCGAGGCUCAGUUCAACGAGCUCCAGCGCGUCCUCUCUAUCCGCUCUCUCCAGGGAGCCUCCGAGCCCACUGACCGCGCCUCCUCCGAGCGCGACCCCGAGAAGGGCGAAAAACGCGAGGAGGGGUUCGACCUCCGCGCGUACCUCACCUCGUCCAACGAUGCCCACGAGAAAGCGGGUUUAGCACAUAAGCACGUCGGAGUUACCUGGGAGAACCUUCAGGUUGACGGUAUUGGCGGCGCUGGCCACAAGUUGUAUGUCAAGACUUUCGGACAGGAUGUAUUGAGCUUCUGGUGGGCACCCUUCCGCAUGGCGUACUCCGCCGUGCAGGCGGCCGUGCCCCGCCUGCGGCCCACGCUGCCUCUCACGACGAUCCUCCAGCCAUCCUCCGGCUUGCUCAAGCCUGGAGAGAUGUGUUUGGUACUCGGUUGCCCCGGUUCUGGUUGCACGACUUUCCUGAAGGCCAUCGCCAACGAGCGCAAGGACUACGCUCGUAUUCUCGGCGAUGUGCGGUACGCCGGUAUCGACGCCGCCGAGAUGGCCAAGCACUACAAGGGUGAAGUCGUCUACAACGAAGAGGAUGACCGUCAUAUUGCGACGCUCACGGUCGCUCAGACCGUCAACUUCGCUCUGUCUCUGAAGACCCCGGGCCCUAACGGCCGUCUUCCUGGCAUGACGCGCAAAGACUUCGACGCGGCGGUUCGAGACAUGCUCCUCCAGAUGCUCAACAUCUCGCACACCGCCAACACGUACGUCGGUGACGAGUUCGUGCGCGGUGUCUCCGGCGGAGAGCGUAAGCGUGUCUCUAUCGCUGAGAUGAUGGCUACUCGCGCACACGUGCUCUGUUUCGACAACUCCACCCGUGGCCUCGAUGCCAGUACGGCGCUUGACUUCAUCAAGGCUCUGCGCGUCAUGACGGACAUCCUCGGCCAGACGACUUUCGCAACUCUGUACCAGGCUGGCGAGGGUAUCUACGAGCAGUUCGACAAGGUCCUCGUUCUCGACAAGGGCCGUCAGGUUUACUUCGGUCCCCCUGCUGAGGCUCGCGCGUACUUCGAGAACCUCGGUUACAAGCCCCUCCCCCGCCAGAGCACGCCUGACUACCUUACCGGCUGCACCGACCCCAACGAACGGCAAUUCGCUCCUGGGCGCUCGGAGGCUGAUGUGCCCUCCACCCCCGAGGCGCUCGAGCAGGCGUUCCUUCAGUCGCACUACGGCGCAGACCUGCGCGAGGCGCUUGCCAAGUACAAGCAAAAGAUGGAGAUCGACAAGUCCGACCAGGAGACCUUCCGCCAGGCGGUCAUCGCGGACAAGAAGCGCGGUGUGUCCAAGAAAAGUCCCUACACUCUCGGGUUCACCGGUCAAGUCCGCGCGUUGGUCAUUCGGCAGUUCCAGAUGCGUCUCCAGGAUCGUUUCCAGCUCAUCACUAGCUUCACGCUAUCAACGGCUCUCGCUCUCAUCAUCGGCGCUGCUUACUACAAUCUGCAGCUCACGUCGCAAGGUGCUUUCACUCGCGGUUCGGUUAUCUUCGCUGGUCUCCUCACGUGUGCCCUCGACACGUUCGGAGAGAUGCCGGUGCAAAUGCUUGGUCGGCCCAUCCUCAACAAACAGACCAAUUAUGCUCUCUACCGUCCUGCCGCUAUCGCGAUCGCGAACACACUCUCUGAUAUCCCGUUCUCUGCCGUUCGGAUCUUCAUCUACAACCUUAUAAUCUACUUCAUGUCGAACCUCGCUCGCUCGGCAGGCGGCUUCUUCACGUUCCACCUCUUCAUCUACCUGGGCUUCCUGACGAUGCAAGGGUUCUUCCGGACGUUCGGUAUCAUGUGCACGAACUUCGACUCCGCGUUCCGUCUCGCGACCUUCUUCAUCCCCAACAUGAUCCAGUACGGCGGAUACAUGAUUCCGGUGUCCCAGAUGAAGAGGUGGCUGUUCUGGAUCUACUACAUCAACCCGUUGUCGUAUGCUUGGGUCGGUUGCAUGGAGAACGAGUUCAUGCGGAUCUCAUUCACCUGCGACGGCACCUCUAUCGUUCCUCGCAACCCUCCCGGGAUCAACAAGUACCCGGAUGGGCUGGGACCGAACCAAGUGUGUACACUCUUCGGCUCCGUCCCUGGCGAAGACAUCGUCUCGGGCCGCAACUACGUCAGCUUCGGUUAUGGCUUGAACGUCACCGAUCUUUGGCGGCGGAACUUCCUCGUGCUCCUUGGCUUCUUCUUCCUCUUCCAGCUCACGCAGGUGUUCCUCAUCGAGUACUUCCCGCAAUACGGUGGAGGGUCGUCCGUCACCAUCUACGCUAGGGAGGACUCGGAAACUGAGAAGCUGAACGCGGCUCUGAAGGAGAAGAAGGCGGCGUCCCGCAAGGGCAACUCCGAGAAGGGGGCCAUCGAAGACUCGAAGGAGCAGGACGACGCCGUCGUCAAGUUCCACGGCAAGCCCUUCACCUGGGAGUCGGUCAACUACCAUGUCCCCGUUCCCGGCGGCGUGCGGCGGUUGCUUCACGAUGUGUACGGCUACGUGAAGCCCGGUACGAUGACCGCUCUGAUGGGAGCUUCCGGUGCUGGCAAGACGACCUGUCUAGAUGUGCUCGCUCAGCGCAAGAACAUCGGUAUCGUGUCUGGCACUCUCCUUUUGGACGGCAAGCCUUUGGCACUGGACUUCGCGCGUAACACCGCCUACGCGGAGCAAAUGGACGUACACGAAGGCAGUGCUACCGUGCGCGAAGCCAUGAGGUUCUCCGCUUACCUGCGGCAGCCGCCUUCGAUCUCGAAGGAAGAAAAGGACCGCUACGUCGAGGACAUGAUCGAGGUGCUCGAGCUCCAGGACCUCGCCGACGCCCUCAUCUUCAGUCUCGGCGUUGAGGCGCGCAAGCGUCUCACCAUCGGCGUGGAGCUGGCUUCCCGGCCCUCCCUCCUGUUCCUGGACGAGCCAACGUCGGGUCUCGACGGUCAGAGCGCGUGGAACCUCGUCCGCUUCUUGCGCAAGCUCGCAGACAACGGCCAGGCGAUCCUGUGCACCAUCCACCAGCCGUCGUCGAUGCUCAUUCAGACCUUCGACAAGCUCCUGCUCCUCGAGCGCGGCGGCGAGACCGUCUACUUCGGCGACAUCGGUCCCGACUGCUCCAUCCUGCGCGAGUACUUUGCGCAGCACGGUGCCCACUGCCCGUCGAACGUUAACCCCGCUGAGUUCAUGCUCGACGCCAUCGGUGCUGGUCUCGCUCCCCGUAUUGGCGACCGCGACUGGAAGGACCACUGGCUCGACUCUGCUGAGUACCAGGACGUCCUGUCAGAGAUCGAGAAAAUCAAGCAGAAUACCGAGAAGGACAACGGGGAGCCCAAGAAGCUGACGCUGUAUGCUACUGGCUUCUUGCAGCAGCUCCGCUGCGUGGUCGCCCGGAACAACGCGAAGCUCUGGCGUUCUCCGGACUACGUUUUCAGCCGUCUCUUCGUCCACGCGUUCAUCUCGCUGUUCGUCUCGCUGUCGUUCUUACAGCUCGGCCAUGGCGCACGCGACCUGCAAUACCGUGUCUUCGGAAUCUUCUGGUCGACCAUUCUUCCCGCCAUCGUCAUGGGUCAGCUCGAGCCGAUGUGGAUCCUUAGCAGGCGCAUCUUCAUCCGAGAGGCCUCCAGCAGGAUCUACUCGCCGUACGUCUUCGCCAUCGGCCAGCUCAUCGGCGAGAUGCCGUACUCCGUCCUGUGCGCGAUCGUCUACUGGGUUCUCAUGGUGUACCCCAUGGGCUACGGUGACGGAGCUGCCGGCAUCGGCGGCACGUUCUUCCAGCUGCUCGUCCUCAUCUUUGUCGAGCUGUUCGGUGUCAGCCUUGGCCAGUUCAUCGGCGCCAUCUCGCCCAGCAUGCAGAUCGCGCCACUGUUCAACCCCUUCGUCAUCCUUGUCCUCGGCACGUUCUGCGGUGUCACCGUUCCGUUCCCGACCCUGCAGGGUUACUGGAAGUGGCUGUACCAGCUGAGCCCCUACACUCGUAUCAUGAGUGCCAUGCUCUCCACCGAGUUGCACGGCCUGGAGAUCACCUGCAAGGCGGACGAGUUCAUUCCGUUCAACCCGCCGUCUGGCCAGACCUGCCAGCAGUGGGCGGGCGAGUUCGUCACCGGCUUCGGUGGCUACCUCGACAACCCGAACGACACGACGGCGUGCCGCUACUGUCAAUACGAAGUCGGAGACCAGUUCUUUUUGCCUCUCAACAUCCGCUACGAGAACAGGUGGCGCGACGUGUGGAUAUUGUUUGCUUUCGGAGUCUUCAACUUCUUCGCCACGAUUGUGGCUUCACGUUUCCUCCGCUAUGCUAAGCGGUAG